AAUCAAAGAGUUUUGGCGCUUCAUUUUUUUCUCUCCCUCUUUUCUCAUCAUCACACUUCUUCAGAAAGAAACCAAAAUAAACCCUUGUUUUUUUUUUUCUUGAGUGAAGUCUUGAAGAAAGAGAAAGAAUUAUAGAUUUUAUCUUGCUAAUAUGGAGAAAAACCAUAAUAUUCCAGCAGAAUUUGCUUCGACAAAUUUAAAGAGGAAAAACCCUACUUUUUCUUCAUUAGAUAAUUCUUAUAAUGUUGAAAAUAAUAAUGAUUUGAAGAUAUUAAAGAUUGAUAUGGGUUGUUAUAGUAAUGAUUAUCAUGGUGAUGAUCAACUCGACGUCGUUUUGCCUGUAGGGUUUCUUGAUCCUCUUCCACCAUUAGAGAGGGAACUUGUUAAUGCUCAUCGUAGUACUCCUAUUAACAUUGAAACGACGACGUCGAAUUCGAGUACUCGAAAACAGUUUUGGAAGGCUGGAGAUUAUGAGCCUUCUCAAGCUCUUGUGCCUCAUGGAUUGAGUUCUUCUAAUUUUGCCGGCAUGGAUCAUGUUAGGGUUCAUCCAAGGUUUCUACAUUCAAACGCAACGAGUCAUAAAUGGGUAUUGGGAGCUUUAGCUGAACUCCUUGACAAUGCGUUGGAUGAGGUCUCUAAUGGCGCUACUUAUGUUAGUAUUGACAUGGUUAUAAAUGAGAAAGACCGCGAUAAGAUGAGUAUAGUUGAUAAAGAUCGUAACAGAAUGUUGGUAGUUCAAGACGAUGGUGGUGGAAUGAACCCAAGUGAAUUGAGGUCAUGUAUGUCUCUUGGAUACUCAGCAAAGAGCAAAAUGGCAAAUACUAUUGGGCAAUAUGGAAAUGGAUUUAAGACAAGUACCAUGAGACUCGGAUCAGACGUUAUAGUCUUUUCGUUGUGUCAAGGGAAGAAUGGAUCAUGUGCUACAAGAAGUAUUGGGAUGCUGUCAUACACAUUCUUGACUAGUACUGGGAAAGAGGAUAUAGUUGUUCCUAUGAUUGAUUAUGAGAAGAAUGGUGAAGUGUGGAUUAAGAAGCUAAGCCGUACUCUUGAUGAUUGGCAUGUAAAUUUAGAGAGCAUUAUUGACUGGUCUCCCUUUUCAAGCGAGCAAGACCUUCUUCAAGAGUUCAAUUCUUUGGGUGAUCAAGGUACAAAGAUUGUCAUAUACAAUCUCUGGGAGGAUGACAAGCAACAGUUGGAGCUGGAUUUCGACACUGAUCUUGAAGACAUCCAAAUACGAGGAGUCAAUAGAGACGAGAAGAAGAUAGCUAUGGCAAGAAAGUACCCCAAUUCUAAGCACUAUUUAACAUAUCAGCAUUCACUGAGGAGUUAUGCAUCAAUUCUGUAUCUCAGGCUUCCUCCUGGAUUUCGAAUAAUUUUGCGCGGGAAAGAUGUGCUGCACCAUAACUUGAAAGAUGAUAUGAUACAUAGGAAGGAACUUACAUACAGACCUGUGUUGCUUACCACAGAGGGGACUGAGAAGGAUUUAAAUCCAUCCACAGAUAUGCAAGCUUUUGUGACAAUGGGGUUUGUAAAAGAUGCUCAAGAUCAUAUGGAUAUACAAGGAUUUAAUGUUUACCAUAAAAAUAGGCUCAUUAAGCCAUUUUGGAGAGUUUGGAAUGCUGCUGGAAGUGAUGGCCGUGGAGUCAUAGGUGUCUUGGAGGCCAAUUUUGUUUCACCAGCUCAUGAUAAGCAGGGAUUUGAGAGGACAACAACACUUCAAAGACUUGAAGCACGGCUAAUUCAUAUGCAGAAGUCUUAUUGGCGUGAUAACUGCCAUGAAAUUGGUUAUGCACCACGAAGAUCAGUAAACAAAGCUUCUUCAACAGCGGCUUCUCCUCAGCCAAUUAAAGGCAGCACGACCAAGGGAACUUCAGCCAACAAAACUGAUGACAAUAGUAGGAGGAAUUGUGUCAAGAAAUUUGAUCAGGUUUCACCAUUCGUUGAAUCUUCAAGUGAAGAGGAGAUGACAAGCAAUGGCUUCGAGUCACCUCCACCCAUAAACAAAAGUCGUCCUAGCCAUUCCAAUAUCAAGGUAGACUCUUAUAGUACUUAUGUCAUGAAGUUAAGAAAAGAGAAUUUCAUGUUGAAGGAGAGGCUAGAAGAUGCUGGUAAAUCUAGAAACAAUUUGAUGCAAGAGUUACAACUUGAAAGAGACAAGUGCAAGUCCCUUGAAGCUCAACUUGACAAGGCCAACAACAAAGCUGCAGAGACGGACAAAGAGCAAGAGGCUUUAAUCCAGAUAUUCGCAGAGGAAAGAGAGCGAAGAAACAAUGAAGAAGAUUAUCUGAGGCAGCGUUUACAGGAGGCUUCAACAACAAUCGAACAACUGGUAGACAAGGUGAAGACACUGGAGAAAAUGAAUAUUCGGGGAUGUAAGCCCGAAAUAUAUUAGAAUACUAGGACUCUAGGAGCAUG